GCUCGGAACCAGACAACCAUAGACCAGAAGCACCGCUGGACUCGGCCAAAUUACGACAGAACAUCACCUUCAAGGGCUCUUACGAUCUCAUAUAUGGCGACAAGGGCAACAUGCACAAAUACCGGGGCAACCGCACCACCGACGGAAACCAAUAUGUCCUCAUAUUCGACCCAAAGAGGGAGGUCUUCGUACUGCACAAGGUCGACUCGACAUUCAACAUGAACCUCACCUCAACGCCCGAGAACAAGAAUGCCGAAAGCCUGAAGAAGGAACACCCGCACCUCCCCAACAGCGGCACAGAUGCCCCCUCCAGCAAAGGCAAGGCCGGUGCCACGUCGCAAGGAACAAAGGCACAAAAGAAAACAGAGUCCAAGGCCGCGUCGGCCCCAGCCAAGCGGAAACCCGGCGCCGACGAUGAGGAGGAGAGCGACGAUGAUGACAACGGCGGCCUGGAAAUAGACUUUGGAGACACAGCUGCGCCGAACCGCGACUUCUCGCCUGCCUUCCCGCCCAGGAGAUUCAGCGAGUUCGCUGCACAAAACGAGGAGGAGGAAGACGACGCCGAUGGGAAGACGAGGACGAGGAGAUGAGCGAACAGGAGCACUUUCCCUUGCCGUCACCAAUUGUUCACCAGACCACGACCUCGGCGCCUGAUCCAGGCACGAUUUCGCUCACUUUCGAUGACGAUUCCGCAUCUGAGGAAGAUGAAGAACCGGCCCCAGCACCAGUGCAACAGCAGCAACAGCAACAGCAACAGCAACAGCAAGGACAGGAUCAGGAUGAAGACAUGGGCGAUGACCUAGAAGAUGAUCUGGAAGCAGCCCUCGAGGCCGAAUUGGGGGCCGGAUCGGAGAGCGAUGUCAGUGAGGAGGACUAAAAGUUUCGCCAGCCGGUCUACCAGAGG